AUGACGGGAAGCAAUGUUGUCACCAAGUGGCAGAAAGUCCAAUUAUUCUACCAAGGCAUCCUGGAAAAUGGAGACAAAAGGACAGACAACUGGCUUCUGGUCUACUCUCCUGUGCCAAUUACUUGUAUAUUUAUGUGCUACCUGAUCAUUAUAUGGGUCGGACCAAAGCUGAUGGCGAACAGACAGCCCGUCAACCUCAAACCUGUCCUUAUUGUUUACAAUUUUGCCAUGGUCUGUCUCUCCGUCUAUAUGUUCUAUGAGUUCACUGCAUCUUCUUGGUUGGCCAGAUACAGUUUGCUGUGCCAACCAGUUGACUACACCAACAGCCCAUUGGCUCUACGGAUGGCCAGAGUCUGCUGGUGGUUUUACUUCUCUAAAGUCAUAGAGCUCAGCGACACCAUAUUUUUUAUUCUGCGGAAGAAAAAUAGUCAGCUGACGUUCCUUCAUGUCUACCACCAUGCUACCAUGAUCUUCAAUUGGUGGGCUGGAGUUAAAUAUGUCGCCGGGGGUCAGUCUUUCCUGAUUGGUCUGAUCAACUCGCUGGUCCACAUAGUAAUGUAUUUGUACUACGGGCUCGCAGCACUAGGACCGCACAUGAAAAAGUACCUGUGGUGGAAACAAUACCUCACCUCCCUGCAGCUGUUGCAGUUCCUCAUAGUCACCAUGCACACCACCUACAACCUGUUUGCUGACUGCGACUUUCCUGACUCCAUGAAUGCGGUUGUCUUGGCCUAUUCUCUCAGCCUAAUUGCUCUCUUCAGUAACUUUUACUAUCAAAACUACCUCACCAAGAAGACCAAAAAGGACAAAAGCUCUUAG